AUAUAUAGAGCGCUCUAAAUAAAUAAAGUCUGAUAAAUAAAUAAUAUGAUUUAAUUUUACAUAAUCACAUUCAUUAUUUAGUCCAAGAGACAGUAUGACUCCAGUCUACUGGCAAAAGCUGUAGGUGCUGUUAAGGCCCGAAAGCUUAAUCCAACAACAGCUGCUAAGGAAUAUGGUGUCCCUAGGCAGACAAUAGUGGACAAGCUAAAUGCCAAAUAUGGUAAAAAUACAUCUGGACCUAGCCGCAUGUUGCUAGAGGAAGAAGAAACUGCCUUAGUGGAGUACAUCAAAUACAUGGGCCAACGAGGAUUCCCUCUUAAUAGACAGCAUUUAAGGAGUUAUGUGAUGGAGAUAAUAAACAGAUCACACAGAGAGUCGCUGUUCAACUUGGAGAAAGGUCCUUCUGACAAAUGGUGCAGAACAUUCAUCAACAGUCAUAAGGAAUUAGCAGAAAAGACCCCACAAGUCAGAGAUAGGGGCAGGACAAGAAUGUCAAACAAAACCGUUAUGGACAACUUUUUCAAGAAGUAUGAGGAAACACUAGACAAUUUAGGUCUAAGAACAAAGCCAGGAUUGAUUUAUAACUGUGACGAGACUGGUUUUGUCGACAAACAGGGAAAUACCAGGAAAGUGAUAGGAGAAAAAGGUCGCCCUUGUAUCCAACAACAGGUUCACACAAUAGACCACGUAACAGCCCACAUGUGCGCGAGUGGAGAGGGAACCAUGCUACCGACAUUUUUGAUAUACCAAAAAUCUCUUCCCCACAGGCCGUAUAGAGAAGAUGUGCCCAGAUCCUGGAUGUUUGGUGUUUCUGAGUCAGGAUACAUGGACACAGAUUUGUUCCAGAUAUGGUUCAAAAAUAUUUUUUUGAAAUACUGUUCCAAGGAAAGACCUGUUCUAUUAUUACUAGAUAAUCAUGACAGUCACAUAUCAAUACCAGUUAUUGAUAUGGCUAGAGCAGAGCGUGUUGAAAUCCUUGCCUUCCCAGCACACACCACGCAUUUGCUCCAGCCCCUUGAUGUGAAUAUCAUUGGGCCUAUGAAAGAAAAGAUGAAGUCACUGGCCACCUCGAUGGCAAUCAUAAAUACAAACCUCUGUAUCAGUAAGGCCAAUUUGCCAGCCCUAUUAGCCUAUGCCAUAGAUCAAACUUGCUCCCCCGCACUUGUGAAAUCUGCAUUUAGAAAAUCUGGCCUUAUUCCUUUGAACAAGGAUGCCAUAGACAAAUCCCAUCUGUUGCCAGAGGAUUUCCAAAAAAGCAAUGAUACCUCAAGGAAUGUCACUAAUUCUAACAAAGAAGCAGGAGAUGAUAAGACAUGUAACAGCAAAACAAAUUCAUGCUCAACAUGCGGUGCGAGUACCCUUCCCCAUCCAAUACAGGCAGUGAGGAAACUUCCCCCAGUUUUGCAAAGUAUAUUUGUUACUCCAGCUCUGCCAUCCAAAGCAACAAAAAAACGGCGUGUUGUUACAGAAGCUAGGGUUAUCACUGGGGAUGAAAUGUUAGAUCAGCUAAGAAAGAAGGAAAAAGAGGAGAGAGAAAAGCGAGAAGGAAUUGAAAAGAGAAAGAAAGAAAGGGAACAAAAACGAAAAGAAAGAGAGAAUGAAAAGGCAGAGAAGGGUAAAAAGAAAGAUAAGAGUGCAUGUAAAACUGCAGACUUAGAUGUUGAGGAAGAAGAGGAAGAUGAAAGCAUUGUUUGUGCAGUGUGUGAAAGAAGGGACCCAGGCUCAGAGACAGAUGAUGUUAUGCAGACAUCAUGGGUUAUGUGCGAGUCCUGUGACAGGUGGUUUCAUGAUUUAUGUGUUACUGUACUUGAUGAGGAUUUUGUGUGUGAUGAGUGCCUGUGAAUUAAAACUAAUCCUAUGAUCACUUUGUAAAUUGUAUAAGCACAUUGAUGAUUUUGUAUGCUGUGUGUUAUGAAUGACUCGGAAUUCAGAUCAACUUUGUGAUUAAAUCGUUCAUGUAUAUAUAUAUUGUGCAUAGGUCUGGCUUAAUCAUUAUAGUGUAUCAUUUCAGUUAUAUGUGUAUAUACAUUCCAAUGUUAUUUGAAUCAUAUUAUUGUUGAUUUUUUAUAUGUUUUUUUAAAAACUUAAAUCUUAUUAUUUUACAACUAAAGUGAAGUUUGCUCUUUGUCACUUCCAAGAGCUUCUGUGAUAUAACUCUUAUACAUAAAUGCAUAUUCUAUGUAAAUUAUAAAUGAAAAGAAUUUAUUCAAGCCUGUGAUUGUGAUGGUAACUUGAGAAUAAUCUAAAAAUUGUAUUUAGUUGUCCUUUAAAUGCAAAUUGAUUACACAUGAAAAAAUAUAGUUGAUUUCAAAAUAUUUUUGUCAUAUUUUUACAUGUAUUUAUAUUGGCUUUCAGACUAAGUUACUGAAUACAGUAUGAAAAUAAAGUCCUUCUGAAUUAAAUCAUUUUAAACCAG